AUGAGUAGCAGUCAGAGUGUGGGGAUAUCAAGGUGGCAGCUAGGUCUUGGUGCCUUUACCGGAGCACUAAUAUAUUUUACGGAUGCAUCAAAGAGACACAACCUGCAAAACUACCUCUACCAUACCAUAUCAAAUGUUUUGUCAGAGUUAGGUAACGUACAUAUAAUACUCCUCAUAGGAGUAUUGAUUGUUAGUUUUUUCAGAAUAAAUCAUAGUUUUUUGAAUCUAACGUCGGGGCUGGCAAGUGCGUUUACGAAGUCAACAAUCAACAUAAUAUUCCUCUUGUUGCGGUGUGUGUCUGCACUUAAGUUAAUCAUUGUUGUGACUCGACACUUGAUCAGAACGAGGAGAAUGACAAUUCUUGAAAAUAACUGUGAACUCCUGAUACGGCAAUGUGAGCAACCCAUACAUGCUUUGGAAAAUCAGUGUGUUAUAUGCUUGGAGGAGCUAUUUGACAAAACAUCUUCAAAAAGCGAGCUUUCUUGCAACAGUAAAGGUAAAACUUUAAAGAAAAACAUAAUACUUGAUUGCCGCCACAUUUUACAUGUUGAAUGUUUCAAGCAGUGGUACUUGAAUUCAGAUACAUGUCCCCAUUGCCGAAGCAAGGUUAAUUUUUGA